AUGGGCAGCUGCGUGAGCAAGAAGGCCGCCCGCGCCGGCGCCGGCGCUGGCGCUGGCGCCAAGGGCAAGGUGGCUGCCCCGCUCCCGGUCGUGGAGAAGGAGAGCGCCCAUGCUCAGCUGCCGACGGUGCUGGAGGUCGAGGAGGAGGAGGUCAAGGAGGUGGUGCUGUCCGAGACGCCGGUGCCGCGGCCGCCCAUGACGCCGCCGCCGCCGGAGCCGGUCAAGAGGAGGCAACAGCAGCCGGAGGCGGAUGAUGAGGCGGCGGCGUCCGAGACGUGCAGCGCCAGCGACAGCGCUGCGUCGGUGGCGUCGGCUGCCAAGGAGAAGGAGAAGGCGAAGCUGCACGAGGCCGGAUGGGAGCGGGAGCGGGAGCGGGAGGUGGAGAAGAGGGCGCUGGCCGUGCCGGAGAAAGCGAAGACUACGGCCAGGAGGACGGCGGCGCCGGAGGACAGGGAGAGGGAGAGGGAGACCCGCAAGCACAAGGGCGGCGCCGCGGGCGGCGUUAACGGGCACGGGCGGGCGCGGUCGCCGUCACCCUCGUCGGCGCACAGGAGGCAGCAGCAGAGCGGCGGCCAGGGCCAGCAGCAUCAUCCGCUAGCGCCGCGGCCGCGGCGGGAGCAGCCCGCGGUGGUGUCCGGCAUCGGGUGCCGCAGCGGCCGGUUCUCGCCGUCCGCGGCGCGGCGCGCUGCCGAGAGCGCCGCCGUCCGGCGGACGCACUCCGCCAGGGAGGCCGACAUGGCGCUGCCGUCGUCGUCGUCGAAGCGGUCCCUCCUCUCCCUCACCGCCGCCGCCGCCAUCAACGGCAACGGCAAUGUCGCCGCCGGCCACGGGGGCGGCAGCGCCAGCGCGCUGUCCAGACGGGACCGGGACCCCGGCGAGCGGUCCGGCCGGCGGUCGGACUCCCCGACGGGCAGUAGGCGCGCGCCCGCCUCUCCCAGUCCCAGCGGCGCGAUCCACCGGCCCGCGAGCCCCAUGCGCAAGGCGGCGGCGAAGGAGCACGGCACCCCCGAGCGAGCCAGGCCGCCGCGGUUCGUCAGGGACGGCGGACUUGGCGUCGGCGACGAGCGGGCGGCGGCGUUGGGCGUAGGAGUAGGAGGCGAGCAGAAGAAGCUGGCGGAGGGCGCGCUGGGACAGAAUCCCUCGGUGGCCAUGGAGUGCUUCAUCUUCCUCUAG